UGUGGCCAUCAGGGUCGGUGAAGGAUUCCAAGAUGGCUGGGAGAAAACUUGCUCUAAAAGCCAUUGACUGGGUAGCUUUUGGAGAGAUCAUACCCCGAAAUCAAAAGGCUAUUGCUAAUUCCCUGAAAUCUUGGAAUGAGACCCUCACCUCCAGGUUGGCUACUCUACCUGAGAAUCCACCAGCUAUUGACUGGGCUUACUACAAGGCCAGUGUGGCCAAGGCAGGCUUGGUGGAUGACUUUGAGAAGAAGUUUACUGCCCUGAAGUUUCCUGUACCAGAGGAUAAAUGCACUGCCCUAGUGGAUGCUGAAGAAAAAGAAGACGUGAAAAGUUGUGCUGAGUUUGUGUCUCUCUCAAAGGACAGAAUUGUGGAAUAUGAGAAACAGCUGGAGAAAAUGAGGAACUUGAUUCCAUUUGAGCAGAUGACCAUUGAGGAUUUGAAUGAAGCCUUCCUGGAAACCACAUUAGACAAGAAGAAAUAUCCCUGUUGGCCUCACCGACCAAUCGAGAAUUUAUAAAAUAGUCUGGGACAAAGUUCUGGCCCUUAUGUUACACAAUCUGGACAGUAAAAAUAAAAAUU